AAGGCAAACGGACGACGUAGAACAUACGACGAGCGCCAACGCCGACGGAAACGGCGGCCAAGAAGCAAACUUCCGUACCCGGGGGAAACGUGUCGCGUGUGCUCCGAGUGGAAAUUACGUACGGGUGGCCGGAGGAAACCCGGCAAAAAUCCCGCUAAAACAGCAACCACUUUAGGGCAAUUAAGUAACAAAACACGCACUCAAGGAUUGUCUUACUUAGCCAAAGUUUGAGCAGCAAUCAAAAAAACUAAACAAGUGAGCAGUUGAACAGAAAGUGAACAAAAGGGGAAAACCAUGUUGUCAGGAGUUGAGCUGCUGAUGCUGCUCCUGCUCAGCCCGUCGCUCCUGGCGGAGAUCUCCCACUCGCCGCUGGCCAGCAAUCGCAUCAUUCUGGACUCCACGGAGCUGCUGCAACCGCCUUUGAUUCCCGAUCGCGAUCGCGAUCCCGAAUCUCCGGCGGUCAAGGCGACGCCGGUGGCGCCGCAGAAGUGUCCUUCGCUGCAGCGGUACCGCAAGAUGCUGAAGGACAUCGACGACCUGGAGGACCUCUACGUGGAUGUGCCCGUGCACAUCGCACUGGCGGAUCGGCAGAGGAAGCGAUUUGUGCUGAACCUGAACGACUCGACGCCGCUGACGAUUCGCUUUUCGGCGCCCGUGGGCCGCAAGAUGUACUACAAUCAGACAGGAAACCUCCUUCGGCCGGCGGCAGUGGCACCUGGUCCAGGUGUGGCUGUGGGCAGUCUGGUGCUGCCCUGCGCCCUGCGCGGCCAGUACGACCUCUUUGUCCAGGCCCGCCACUCCGGGGCCCUCAAGGUGGACGCCCUGGCGGAGCAUCCGCAGCACGACUGGCCGCUGCUCAAUGCCACCGCCGCGCACCGGAUCGCCAUCCGCACCCAGAACCGCGUGCGGAAGCGCGAGAUGAUCGUCAAGUGGGACAGGAGCAAGUUUGACUACCAUGUCAUGCACUAUUGCCUGGUAAUCCAGCGACUUGCGAUGGACGCCCCACGGAAGAGCUUUGCCAACUUCUGCCAGGCCGUGUCCGCGUACGUGGGCCAGCGAUCCAUGCCUGCCAGCUGCUCCGGUGGCAAUCCCAUGGACCUGGUUUGGGGGUCACCACCUCAGCGGGAGAGACGUCUGAAUCCCCGACAGAACCUGCACAUUGUGUGCACGGGUAAGAGGCGCCAGCAGAUGCUGCGUCGACUUCUGCCCAGGAGCAACUACCAGCUGGACCUGUUCGGCAUCCAUCAGACGCGCCAGAACCUCACAUUUCCACUGGCCAGCAGCCAGGUGAACUUCAACCGCACCCAACCCCUGGCCCUCAAGCAGCAGGCUCUGAUGCAGCUCAAGAUCGGCGGACAGCACGGCAAGCAGGUGUACAGCUUCAAGGUGCCACAGACGAUACUCCAGGCGGAGGAGCCUUUCAUGCGUCACCUGUUGAUUCCCUGCUCCGGCAGCGAGAUUCGGGUGAAGUUGCUGCGCCAGCGCAACGAGGUGGGAAAAACCGAGGCCUUCUACAGCCCCACGUACAUAAGGCAAAAGGGCGUGUCACCAGGCGAGCGGUAUCUAAUGAGAUUCGAGCCCAGCAACGAGGACGAGGCGUUGCGGGCCCAGAAAGUGAUGGUGGCCCUGAGCAGCGAGGCUUUGUUCCGGGAUUUACCGGAGCUGCCGCAGAACACCAGUGUUUUCAAUGUCCGCACGAGGUGCAAUCGAGCCACCAUCGCCUGGAAUGGCUCACCCGAUGAACGCGAGCUGAGCUACUGCAUCAUCGUGUUCAAUCUGCCGCAGCGCAAUCGCAGCGUGGUGGACUCCACCAACUACUGCAUGGACUUUGUGCCCAAGCGGGUGGAGCACUACAGGAACUUUGAGUGGAUGACUUGUAGGGAGCGACAGCAGAGUCCCGACAACAUCGAAACGGAGACCAUACUGAACCUGAUGCCUGGUUCCAGUUACUUGGUCUAUGUCACCGCCAACUUGAGCAUGGGCAAACCACUGCCCUACCAGGCUCUGACCCUCCACAUGGCCAGUCAAUGUCUGGACGGAUCCCACGAGUCCUUCUACUAGGCGUUACGAGUUUUUGGUCGUAAUACCCCCCAAAACCC